AUGCAGUCUGCCUCGGCGAAACGGGCGUUCAGUGCGCUUGCCGCCAAAAUCCACCCCCAGCUUCCACUCACGAAACGCGAAAGCCAGCAGCUAUUGAACUUGCUUACGACGUCAUUCCGGAACCACUUGGAUCGCGAGCACCCUUUCUCUCCCCAAGACAGCAUCCAAAACAAGCCAACGAACAAGUCUGUAGGCAACAAUGGACAACGUAGCUCCUCCCCGAUCCACGCCACCUCCUCAUACGCCUCCACUUCGAAGCACAUCGACUCAAUCUUGACGAACCCUCUAUUUGCCGUGAAGCCCCGCCGAAGAGGCUCAGAGUCAGCUGCAGUCGAUGUGCUCAGGGACCCCAUGGGCUGGUUCCUUGACCAGAUUGCAGUGGGAGCCGCGAGCCUCCCCAAAGCCGCCAUGUGUCUGGAGGUGUUGGAGAGUACAGCCGCCGAGGCUUCGCCACAACUGCAGAAUGGAAAGACUCCAGGUGUCAUAAUCGCCGAGUGGCUGCGUGCGAGUGGUCUGGAUACAUCAAAGGAUUUCCUCGACCUCUGCACAACCAAGCAAGGUCGCAGCAGUAAAUUCCAGGACCGGCUGGUUUCAUUACUCCUAUCCGAAGGCGCAAUAUCUGCCCCCUGGCGCUGGUACAUUCGCCCCACACAGCAGCGCAUCAAAGACACGGGCUUGGACGUGUUGAAAGUCUCAACGUUCAGGCAGCAGUUGUUGGCGAAAAUGGUCUCUGUGCAAGGGAAUACAGGCCUGGACAACGGUCUUGCCGUGUUUAUGCAAGCGUUUCGCAUGGCAGAGGUCGAGGGCCACGAAUCAGCGUACAGUGUUCUCAGAGCGGCAGGAGCACGACUAGUAAAUCGCGUCAUCUCCACUCCAGAUCACUCUACCGACGUCAAAUUAUACGAGUCGUUUUUAUUGUCAUCUCAGCGCUGGCUUGGCAAUUGGAGUCAAGCAGUCGAAUCGAUGCUUUGGCUGCAUCACCCUACACAGCGUAGUGCACUUCCAGGUCUCCGCUUCAUUCAGGAUCCUGCUGGAGCCAUCUCAUUCGUGCGAGCUUCAAAAAGUCGAAGAAACUUCCUCGUUCAGCUCUGCUUGGGAGUCGCACGCCAAUUAUUAGAAGAGGAGAAGUUCACUGAAGCACAGAUUGCGAUGGAGUUCACCAAACAACACUUCCCCGAUAUCGUACUGUCAAAACCUUCGGUGGCAGAUCAGCCAGCGACCACAGGGUGGAAAGCGCGAGAAGAGAGGAAGAAUUUGGAACUGCUGGACCGUCUUGUCUUGUCAUGA